GAGAAGCAACAGACCAAAGAACAGGCUGCAGAAGAGAAGAAGCAGAAGGAGGAAGAAGAGAAGAAGGCCCUGGAGGAGAAGCCGAAGCCGGACCGUCUACAGGGUCUCCGGGUCCACGCCUGGGUGCUCGUUCUCUCCGGCAAGCGGGAAGUGCCCGAAAGUUUUUUUAUUGACCCUUUCACUGGAAAGAGCUACGGCCCUGCUGAUGAUCACUUCCUGGGUAUCGAGUGUCUGUGGAACCAUCGGAAUUAUUGGAUCAACAUGCAGGAUUGCUGGAAUGGCUGCAAGGAUCUUCAGUUUGAUCUCGGGGACCCUGUGCGGUGGGAAUUCAUGCUUCCCAGCACCGACAAACCUUUCUUGUCCCUGCCAGAAAUGGAGGAGGAGGAGGAUCUGGGUGAGGAUGAUGUGGAAGAUUUGAUGAAGGAAGAAGAAUCGAAGAGUUUUGACAUGCCUGCAUCUUGGGUGGAACAGAUCCAUGUAUCUCCCAAAGAAUUUGAGGCUCGUUGUCCACAAGGCAAGAAACUGAUUCAGUAUAAGAAUGCCAAGUUGGAAAAAUGGGCACCAUACCUUAACGCCAAUGGCCUAGUCACCCGACUCACGCUGUAUGAAGAUCCAGACUGUACCAAGGUGCUUGAAGUGAAAGAGUGGUUCAAAUACCGUGAAGACAAGUUGGACAUUCGAGAAUUAAAUAAGCAAACCAACAUCAUAGCAGAGCAAUUCCUGCCUGGACAUGCCCUGGGACUGAAAGCACAUAUGUACAAGACCAUGGAACCGGAGACCGAGCGCACGAUGGAGUUCUACAAUGAGACACGGGUGGAUGGCCUUCAGAAACGCUCAGAAACUUCCCAAGAGAUGGCAGAGUAUUUUGAAGGUCGCUUAGAUUUCCUCAGUUACCGUCACACCGAGUUUGGCAAAAGAAUCAAGAAACCUACCAAGAAAAUGGCUACCACCGAAAGCAAUGCCCGACCAAUUUUGAAAAUCACCGAGAGAUUCCACAGGAACCCAAGCAAGCCGGCUGAUGAAGAUGUGGCCGAACGCAUUUUUUGGAUCUCAGAGGAUAAGAUCCUUUUGACCUAUCAUUGCAACGAGAAUUACAUCACCCCUUCCAGGAGGGAGUUUAAUAAGCGUUCCGAUGUGGACAGCAAGGGAAAUAAGGUUAUCAUGAGCCGGGAUAUGUGCAUCAGUUAUCAGGCGGGGCCUGUGGAGAAAGAAAAAAAGUUGUUCCAUCUCUAUGAAAUGCUGAUACAGCUAAUGGAAGAUGAGAAGCGUUCCCGGCAUCAAGUGUGGGAAUCUGAGAUAGAGGUCCUGGACCUUCUGCGGAUUCGAGGAGAGGAAGAGGCUGCUAGCAAGUUGAGCGUCUCCAUUUAUGACACGGAAAGGAACGAGAAGAGUAAAGAACAUCGUGAAACCAUAGAGCGACAACAGCAAGAGGAACGCCAGCGCCAGGUGGAGCAGGAGCUGGACUACCUGGCGCCCUUCCUGAUUCAGGUGGGAGGCAUUGAGAAGAUGUCCAAGUGGCUCGCUUUGCGCCUGAAAGAAGAUUGCCUGAAUGAUUUCAAGCAUCGUCUCGUUGACAAGGCCAACCUCAUUCAAGCACGAUUUGAGAAGGUAUCUAGGCAGUCAUUGGACCUCUGGCUCUCCAUG